AGACUGAGAGAGAGAGGGAAAGAGAGACACACACAGAGAGAGACUGAGAGGGGGGAGAGAGACGGAGAGAGAGGCAGAUAGAGAGAGAGACUGAGAGAGGGAGAGAGAGAGAGACAGAGUGAGACAGAUAGAGAGACAGAGACUGAGAGAGAGAGGAGCCGCUCGCUGGUCGUCAUGGCGAAGAACACGAUGUGGUCGCGGUUCCGGGGCCUGGACAUCGACCAGUACGAUGAGAACCGGUUUGUGGACGAGAACGAGGAGGCCGGCGAGCAGCAAGGACCAGACGGCGCCGAGGUGGACGCACUCAUCAGGCAAGGAGACAUGAUGACGGCGUUCCACGUGGCUCUGAAGAACCCGCCCAUCAACUCCAAAAACCCAGCCGUGAAGGAACGUGCCCAGGCCGUGGUGAUGCGUGUUCUCACCUCCUUUAAGAGUAGUGAUAUUGAGCCGGCUGUGAAGUCUCUGGAUAAGAACGGAGUGGAUCUGUUGAUGAAGUACGUCUACAGAGGGUUCGAGAAGCCGUCAGAUAACAGCAGCGCCAUCCUGCUGCAGUGGCAUGAAAAGGCGUUUGCGGUCGGAGGUUUGGGUUCCAUCGUGCGGGUUUUGACGGCACGGAAAUCUGUGUGAAAAAAAUUAAAUUUAACUCUAAAUAUAAACCCAGAGCCACGGGAUCGAUCCGUUUUUUUUUUUUGUUCUUUUUUCCUCUUAAACACGGACAGAUCACAUUAAAUCACACGACGAUCCCGAGCGGCUCCCUCUCUCUCGCACACACUACAAUGACCAGUGUAUUUUAUUUAAUAACGAUCAGAGGAGUGUUGUGUUGUAUUUAUUGUACAUUAUUAAAUCACCUUAAUAUUUAGCGCCUGGAGACGACGAGGACGGACUCUAGGCUGUUAAACUCUGACGGAUUUUGGCCUGCGCUGUCUUUCGGAUACGGAUUUUUGCUUUUUGUACAGAAAGAUGAUUAAUAUAUGGUGUGGAGGUGGUCACGGGCGUCGAAAAGGGGGUGGGGCUUAAAUGCUGAUUACGUUAUAGACCGUACUAAUAGUUACUUCGUACAAUAUACUGAAUUCUAGCGUUAAGCUAAUUUAACUAGUCUGCUGGCUAACCGUAUAAAAAAAAUCCAUAACUUAUUAUUGUGACCGGAUUAUCAUUUUUAAUCUCCGCCCCCAAAGACGCCCGAGGCUUCGGACAUACGAGGACGUUUGUAGGUGUGUACGUGUGUGUGUGUGUGUGUGUGUGUGUGUGAGUGUGGUGGGGGGUAAUAUGUGAAGUGCCUGGUGCAAUAAAGAUCACAAAUCAACUGUUUUUCCGCCUCUAACUCUUUCUCUGUGCGUCCGUUAAAGCCGAAAGACGUCUGGAGUUCAGACCUCGCUCUGGAUGCCUUUGUUUGUUUCUCAGAUGUUUCCUGUUUUGUUGCUUUCUUACGAUCGCACGCAUAUGGGAGGUGUAAAUUAGCCGCUCGCCUCCGUUUGCCGAGCAGCCGGUCUGAGUUAGAGCACAUGUACGCCGAUUAUAGAAUGUUUCAGUGCUAAGAAUUUAAAGGAAAAAAAAACAGUUGUGUAGAAUGUUAAGAAUUGUGAUGUUAAUAGGUGAUACUGUGAUAAGUGGAUCUUAAUAAAGGGACGCGUUCUGCGGGACGAUA